AUGAGUUUGUCUCGGUGUUACUCCCUAAUGAAGUGCUUGCUAAUCCUUUUCAAUGUAAUUUUUUUGUGUGUUGGUGUUGGGGUGUGUUCGUUUGCAGCAUGGGCCUUGUGGGAUGGUCGUGGCAGUGAGACAGGAUCUGGGAAAGCUGGCCUGUGUGCACUUGCUGCCUGGGGUGCUGUAUUGACAUUGGGAGCUAUAGCAGCACUGGCUGGGGCUGUGCGGGGCUCGGCAUCAUUGCUAGCUGCCAGUUUCGCAUUGCUAGCAUUGAGUGCAGUAGCUGAGGGGGCAGCAGCCUGGUGGGGUGCCGCCCAUUUGCCGCAGCUGCGUGCUGCACUCGCUGAUCGGUUACACCACACAGUGGUGCAUGACUACGGCGUGCUGCCGGCACGCACGCAGAUCAUCGACGCGAUACAAUCAGGGUUGGAGUGCUGUGGGGCCUCUAGUCCUCGUGACUGGCAGCAGUCUGCAUGGGCAGCAGGGGCUGGCUUGGAGCCCGGAGCAGCGGCACUUGAUCUUAGCGUUGCAGCUGAGCCCGCCUACUACUAUGUGCCGCCUUCUUGCUGCAUCGAUGGGGCGGUUCCGGCAUGCGACGUAGCGCGCCGGGUACCAGCAGCGUCCGGGGGCGGCGUAGGGCUACACGCGGCGGGGUGCGGGGGCCGCGUUUUGACUACGCUAGCCAACGCUGCUCGCGCGCCUUUGCUCGCCGCGGCCACGCUUCUCGUUGCCCAUGCGCUCUCGCUCCUGCUCGCGCUUGCCCUUACUCUCCGCGCACAUCCCUCGCACAACUAUAAAGCGUAA